AUGGUUCCUAAGACACUCCGCCUCGCCGAUAUACCAACAAAACCCUCUCGUAUCAUCACCUUCACCCUCACCUUACCCCAAUCCAGGGACUUUCUACAAGGCCUCGCCAACUCAACCCAUUUCGGAGUUUCUCCAACUGUCAUAGUUGAGCCCACCCAAACCACAGAGUCAUCCCCAGAAUCUCAAGAAAUUUACUCCAACAUCGAACACGACCCUGACGGAUCGUCCUCUCCCAAUACCACUCCCGAGCCGGGCACACCAGCUUCGCAGUCGUCAUCUCCGCUUCUUCCUCUUCUUCCUCAUCCUCCUCCAACACCACCACAGAAGACGAAACAUCAAAGCCUAGAGGAGAUGCGCAUUGAAGCAGCCAAAGAAGCUGUCGUAAUCCUCCGUAGCUGGGGUCGCGAGGACAUCUCAGCGGAGUUGAAAGAGGUUAUCGCAAUUAGGAACGCAUCGGAAACUGAGGCGGAGCUUCUGCAGAAGAUAAUGUGGGUGAAGGAAUGUCUGAGGGGAAGAUAUCAGAUCUGGAUCCAACGCUCAGAGGCAUAUAGAACUGAGGGUACUUCAAGGAGCACAAGAGGAAAUAAAGAUCACGAGGUUAAGAUGCUCUGUGGCUACCCGGGGUGCGGGAGGACAUGGGAUGACGGAGAGAUAAGAGUCAGCUUCGAACCACACGGAUGGACAGCAGAGGAGAAGGUCAAAGGUGCCGACAAGAAGAAGAAGAAGAAGGUAACAUUUGAUCUGAAUAACGAAAUGAUGGACGAAGAGGAGGACAGCAUGAUUAUUGGUGAAAACGAAGAAAGUCUCAAUGAUCCAGCGGACGACAGCAAGGAGAUCAAAAAACUACCAGAUUAUCACGCCCUGCUCACAAGCCCCCGGAAUAUCCGCCUCCAUGGACGUGGUGGAUUCUUCUGCCUCCACUGUUUUGAGAAGCUUCUGGUCCCUCCAGCCACCCCUACUUCUCCCGCCAAAAAGCGCAAGCGGGAAAAUAGGCAACAUCUCCGUCCAAACCCGCUUUGUAGGAUAUACGGCUCGGUGUUCCCAGAGACCCGCUUGUCUGCGGAUGGAAAAUUUCGGCUUGAUGCAGACAUGGUGGAUCUCGUGCAAAGAUGGAAGGACGCACUUUUUGACAAAGGGGCUAAAAAUCUCAGGGUUCGUUUUGGAGAAUAUCUUGGGAGUGCGGAGGAAGCUCCUGAGGAAGUGGAGGAUCGGGAGGUCGGAGAUGGAAGAGGAUUGGCAGAGUUACUGGGUAUAAAGAUUGUGGAACCGGGUGGAAUUAUUAAGAGGAAAAAAAAUUAUUGA